AUGAGUGGCGUAGUAAGUUCUGUACAAGAUCGAUCGAUCGAUGAUGAAUUUAUUGAGAAUUUAAAGUCGUUAUCUGUUUCACGAUCGUUGGCUACGUAUACGGAUGGUAUUAAAGAGUUACAUGUGCAAUUGAAACGUGCAACACAAAAUGGUUUACGCAAUAAUAUAUCGUUUGCUUUUGGUAUCGUUGCUAAUCUAUAUCGAAUCGUGCCAUUGUUCGAUAAGCUUUUGUCCAAUGAUGAUAAAGAUGGGUAUAAUAAUUUUAUUCAAACAAAAAAAUUCUUGGACACAUUAACAAACUCUUUUGAAAAUGUAUGUUUUUUUGAAAUAUUUGCAAUGGCAAAAACAACAAUACCAAUUCAAUCGAUUUUUCACAAUUAUAUUUUUCUAUUGAAAGAAAAUUAUUUUACUGACAAUGAUAAAUAUGAUGGUCUUGUGAAUUGUUUAUUGCCUAUUAUAACAUAUGCAAGUGUUUUAACUCGAAUAACUGAAGAUCAAAUACCAGCCGAUCUUCUUAAUUAUCUACUAAAAUUUACAAAACGCCAUUGGCUGUCUCAACGUCGAGAAAUAGUUAUUAAAAAUAUUCUCGGUUUGAUCAAAUGUUGCUCGAAAAAUCCAGCACUUGUACCAAUGAUUAUUCGUCAUGAAUGGCCUCAUGCAUGUGUUCAAUGGUUAGGGAAUAAAGAUUCUGGCACUAGUCAACGACCAUCGUAUACAAUUGAUUAUUAUAUAUGCCUUAUUAUACAAAAACUGGCUCGACAUACAAAUUGCGUUGAAGUUCUUAAUCAAUUGAAUUGCUUGAAACGACUUGAUGAAUGUCAAGAGUUUAUGAAAAAAACUCAUACGGACUUUGAAUACAAUUGUCUACAUCUCAUCCAUGGAAUGAUCUAUACGCUUCUAAUGGAAUCAGAUGAAAUCAAACAAAUAUCAUUAUCUAACGAUAAACGAAUGUGCGGUACUAUCAAUGAAAUUGUAUCGUAUGCAGUCGAAGCAUCUCGCAAUGAAUUGUUCUUUUAUAAAUGUUUUCACGUAUCAGAAAUGUUAGGUGUACUUAGUAAAUUAUUUGUAAAUGACGAUAUACUUUUAAAAUUCGUCAACGAAGAUAAUCAAUUAUUUGAUUUUCUAUCACAAUUAAUGAUAGAUUUUAAUAAUAUAACUCGCGAUACAAGUCGAACACAUCAACCAGCGAAUGAUGAAGCAUUGCUCGCGUUAACAAAUAUAUUGUGGAGCAUAUCAUUUCAUGAAUGUUACCAUGAAAAAUUCAAAAAAAAUGCAACACUCAUGAAUAUAGUAUCAAAUCUAUCGACCACAACACCGUUGUCUAUUAGUACGCAAAUGAAAUUAUUACCACGUGAUAUGUGUUCAUUGAGAAAAACAGCCGAAGGUAUUCUAUGGAAUUUAAAACCAACAUCAUCAUCAUGUCAAAUAUCAAAUGAAAAAAGUCAACAACCGCUUGCGAUGAUAAGUUACUCGCAUAGCGAUACAAAAUUUUGUCGAGAACUUGUGGAGACUUUAUCUGCUCAUGUUCCCGUUUGGGUUGAUUAUAAACAAGCAAAAGAUGCGGUUGCUCAUUCGGAUGAUCUCUGGGAAGAAAUAGCUCGUGCGAUGGAACUCGCUACGGUGAUUGUUUUAAUUAUUUCCAAAGAAUAUUACAAUUCGAAAUCAUGUCGGCAAGAACUUUCGUAUGCAAGUGACGCACUUAAAAAACGUAUUGUACCGAUUUAUCCUGGUGAUCAACAAUAUCGAGCUAGUGGUUGGCUUGGUAUUCGAAUAGCAGGUCAAAAAUAUAUUCACUUCGGACGAAAACCAUUUUCCGAAGCUAUUGAAGAACUUUCCUCGAUAGUUCUUGCUGAUCAAAAACCUAAUAUUGUAACGUUAACAAGACCAACAGAAACACGUUCUUCAUCUUGUGCAACUCAUCCAAUAAAAAUGAUCGAUGAAGAAAAUAAAUUAUUAUCAGCAGCGAAAAAUUGGACAACAAAAGAUAUACGAAAAUGGUUCGAAGACAAUCAAAUACACGCAGAUUUAAUAACAUUACUUAUUGAUCAAUUUCAUACUGGCACAGCUCUUAUUGUCUAUGCACGUCAUGUUAAAUUAUUCUAUAGAAAUGAAUAUAUUCGUAUAUUUAAAAAUUAUUCAAAAAUAUUUCAUGGAAAAAAACUGAAUACAUUUGAUUUUAUUAAAUUUGUCGAUGCUCUCUAUCGUCUUCGUUCUGACUAUGAUCCUAAUUCUACUAUAGAAGAUAAUUAUGAGAAGCACAGUGAGCAACAAUUACCGACUACAAUUAAAUGUACAGACGAUUCAAUAACUCGAUUGUAA